CUUUCAGGUGACCCUGCGGGCUCCGCCGGGCUUGCGUCCGCUUUUGCACGUUUGGGUGGUGGCCGGCUUGGAGCUCCAGCUAUGCUGUUCUGGCACACGCAGCCCGAGCACUACAACCAGCACAACUCCAGCAGCUAUCUGCGUGAUGUGCUCGCUCUACCCAUCUUCAAGCAGGAGGAGCCCCAGCUGUCCCCUGAGAAUGAGGCCCGCCUGCCACCCCUGCAGUAUGUGCUGUGUGCUGCCACGUCCCCAGCCGUGAAGCUGCAUGAAGAGACACUGACCUACCUCAACCAAGGUCAAUCUUAUGAAAUCCGACUGUUGGAGAAUCGGAAGCUGGGAGACUUUCAAGAUCUGAACACGAAGUAUGUCAAGAGCAUUAUCCGUGUGGUUUUCCAUGACCGCCGGCUGCAAUACACAGAGCACCAGCAGCUGGAGGGUUGGCGGUGGAGCCGGCCUGGGGACAGGAUCCUGGACAUCGAUAUUCCACUGUCUGUUGGUAUCUUGGACCCCAGGGCCAGCCCAACUCAGCUGAAUGCAGUCGAGUUUUUGUGGGACCCUUCGAAGAGAGCCUCUGCGUUCAUUCAGGUGCACUGUAUCAGCACAGAGUUCACCCCAAGGAAGCAUGGCGGCGAGAAGGGAGUGCCUUUUCGAGUGCAGAUUGACACAUUUAAGCAGAACGACAAUGGGGAGUACACUGAGCACUUGCACUCGGCCAGCUGCCAGAUCAAGGUGUUCAAGCCAAAGGGAGCUGACCGGAAACAAAAGACGGACCGGGAGAAGAUGGAGAAAAGAACAGCCCAAGAGAAGGAGAAGUACCAGCCGUCCUAUGAAACCACCAUUCUCACUGAGUGCUCUCCGUGGCCCGAUGUGGCCUACCAGGUGAACAGCGUCCCCUCCCCAAGCGACAACGGCUCUCCAAACAGCUUCGGCCUUGGCGAAGGCAACAGCUCACCCACCCACCCCCACCUGGCCGAGGCCCUGGCCGUGAGCAGUGACCACCUGCUCCCGUCAGCCUCCAUCCAGGACGCCCAGCAGUGGCUGCACCGCAACAGGUUCUCACAGUUCUGCCGGCUGUUUGCCAGCUUCUCAGGUGCUGACUUGUUAAAGAUGUCUCGAGAUGAUUUGGUCCAGAUCUGUGGCCCUGCAGAUGGGAUCCGGCUCUUCAAUGCCAUCAAAGGCAGGAAUGUGAGGCCAAAGAUGACCAUUUAUGUCUGUCAGGAGCUGGAGCAGAACCGAGCACCCCUCCAGCAGAAGCGGGAUGGCAGCGGAGACAACAGUCUGUGUGUGUACCACGCCAUCUUCCUGGAAGAGCUGACCACCUUGGAGCUGAUUGAAAAGAUUGCCAACCUGUACAGCAUCUCCCCGCAGCACAUCCACCGAGUGUACCGGCAGGGCCCUACCGGCAUCCACGUGGUGGUCAGCAACGAGAUGGUGCAGAAUUUCCAAGAUGAAUCCUGUUUUACCCUCAGUACCUUAAAAGCCGAGAGCAGUGACGGCUACCACAUCAUCCUGAAAUGUGGCCUCUGAGCAGAAGUAGAACGAGCAGCUGCCUCCACCUCCCAGCCCCUUGGAUGUAGAAAUCGCACUGCUGUAAGCUGUAGCCUCCCCUGGCCAGCUGCGGCUAGCAGUGACCUUGCCCGGUCUAUGAAAGCCACAGACCAACAACCAGCCGAAACCCGCGGAUGCAGAGUCUCCAGCAUGCAGAAAGCCAGUGGCUCCUCUCUUCCUUCCUCUUGGCUUCCAGUGUUUGAGUGGUUCCUUGGUCUUUCCCCAGCCCUGCCAUUCUAAAGACGCAAACAGUGGGGGCAUAUUCUCUGAAACCUCCGUCUCCCUUAGUUGGAGGCUAGUUCACUGGGUACUUGGUGCCAUCUGUAUUGCUUCCUUCUGACCACUCUCCUGCCUCAGACAAAGCUCUGCCUCACCACAAACCUUCACCUUCUCUGGUAACUGGUUCCGUGACCAAGACUACUGACCAAUUAGGGCGAUUUGCCACCAUCUCCUGUCUUCGUGUUGGGUUCCCUUCCUGAUGACUCCGCUGGUGAGCAUGUCUGUUCUGUUCUUGGAUUGAUGGGAGUGGCGUUCAUGCUGUGUCUUCUUUACUUGGUUUCUAAGGAUCUGCCACUGCAAAGCCCAGGGAUCAUCUCACUGCAUUGGUGUGGGGGACGCCACAAUGUGUGUAGCGCCUGUCACACAGACCUGUUCUCAGUCCCGUGGGAGAGCAGGGGGGAGGACAGAAAGACUAUUUCUAGGCACAUUCUCAUGACUAUAAAGGAUGAGAACAAAAUGGUUCCUUUUGAGCUCCUUUGGUAUACUUUUAUUUCCUAGCAAUCAUGGGUACAGAGGACCAGGCAAUGAGCAUUAUGCUGAAUGAUGGCCUUGACGGGCAUACCUGGCUCUCUUGGAUGGAUUUACCAAAUCCCAUUUAGAGGAGACCUUGGUUAACCACUGCCAAAGCUGCCAAGUUUCCUCGGACGUUGUAGUGUCUGUGAGGGCCCCCAUUUAAGUGUUUAUCUUUUUCCUUUGGAGAGGAUUUGGUUAGAGCAUUUUGCCUGCCUUGGUAUGAUUGGAAUAUCUUUCUUAGUGGCCUAAAUAUGAGGGAAUUUGAAUAUCAGUAACGGGUAGACUCAAGAAUUACUCUCAGUCUUUCUUGCCUCUGUUUCCCGGGACCCAGUGAUCUACAACUGGCCCAGGGCUUCACCUCUUUGCUAAUUUAGGUUUAUCUUCCAGAGCAUGGUGGCCACCUCAGCCCUGUGACCCACUGAACAGGUCGCUUUUAAAGUGGAGCCUUUGGGGGAUGUAGUGCCAGGGUCAGAGAUGAUGAUAACGAGGCAGACCCUGUUAUGCAGUUGGGGAAACUGAAGGCCCGGGGGGCAGAGCCACUUUCCUGAUAACACUUAGCAAUAGGGUAAUAACAUGAAUUUAUUAUACAAACCAGGGCACUUUUGAGAGUGAACAGGCUCUAUUCAUAAUUAUGUUGGGAUAACAGGUGUGAUGUUCCUACAGAGUAAAGACAGGCUCCCGACUCCUUUUUUGGAGGGGAAAGAAGAGCGGAUGACAGUUUUAUGGAGCUAUAGUUUACAUACCAUGCAGUUUAUCCAUUUCUGUUGUGCAAUUCAGUGGUUUUUAGGAAAUUCACAGAAUGACCAUAAUCAAUUUUAGAACAUUUUCCUUUCCCCCCAAAGAAAACCUGUGUCCUUUAUCAAUCACUCUCCCACUUUCCCCCCGACUCCCCAGUCCUAAGCAAGCAUGAAUUCACUUUUAUAUAGGUUUACCUAUUCUGGACAUUUCGUAUAUAUGGAAUCAUACAAUAGGUGCCUUUUGUGACGAGCUUCUUUGACUUAGCAUAAAGUUCUCUGGGGCCAUCCAUGCUGAACGUAUAUCAGUACUUCAGUCCUUUUUUAUAGCUGAGUAAUAGUUCAUUCUGUGGACAUGCCACCUUUUGUUUAUCCAUUCAUCGCUUGAUGGACAUUGGAGUUGUUUCUAUUUUUUGGCUAUUAUGAGUAAUGCUGCUCUAAACAUAUUGUACAAAUUGUUGUGUAUACAUAUGUUUUUAUUUCUCCUGGGAAUAUACAUGCGAGUGGAAUUGCUGGGUCAUGCCGUGACUGUAUGUGUACCUUUUUCAGUAAUUCCAGAGUGUUUUCCAAAGCAGCUGUACCAUUUUGCGUUCCCAUCAACAGUGCAUGAGGCUUCCAGUUUCUCCAAAUCCUCACCAACUCUUGCUAUCGUCUAUCUUUUAUAUUAUAGCAUCCUAGUGGGUGUGAAGUGGUAUCUCAUGGUGGUUUUGAUUUACAUUUCAUUGAUGGCUAAUGAUAUUGAGUAUAUUUUUCAUGUGCUUAUUGCUAAUUGUAUAUCUUCUUUGGAGAAAUGUCUAUCCAGAUCCUUUGCCCAUUUUAAAUUGGGUUAUUUGCCUUUUUAUUAUUGAGUUGUAUGAGUUCUUUGUAUAUUCUAGAUAUAGGUCCUUUAUCGGAUACAUGAUUUGUAAAAAUUUUCUCCCAUCCUACGGGUUGUCUUCACUUUCCUGAUGAAGUCCUUUGAAACACAAGAGUUUUUAAUGUAAUGAUGUCCAAGGUCACCCAUUUUUUCUUUUGUUACUUGUACUUUCGAUGUCAUAUCUAGGAAACCAUUGCCCAAUUCAAGGUCAAGAAGAUUUAUGCUCAUGUUUCCUUUUAAGAAUUUUUAUAGUUCAGCUCUCAUAAUGGUCUUUGAUUCAUUUCGAGUUAAUUUUGCACAGGCAUACCUCGUUUUAUUGCACCCCACUUUACUGUGCUUCACAGAUGUCAUCUUUCUUUCAAAUUCAAGGCAAGACCCUCCAUCAGCAAAAAGAUUAUGAUUAAUUUUAUUAUGAUAGUACGUGUAGCUUUAUUGUGGUGGUCUGGAACCAGACCCACAAUAUAUCUGAGAUAUGCCUAUAUAUUAUAUGGUGUGAGGUAGGGGCCUAACUGUGUUCUUUUGCAGAUGGCUAUCCAGUUGUCCCAGCACCAGUUGUUGACAAAACUUUUGGAAUCCCCAUGGAAUUAAUUGCUUUGGCACCCUUGUUAAAAGCCCCUGAUUCUUAUUGGAUCUUUUUUUUUCUUUUUCUUUUUUUAAGACACAGGGCUGUCAUUAGAAAGCUCACCUUGUCUUUUUUGUUGUUGUUUAACUCAGUCCAUGUUUGGCUGCACUGUUUUUACAGAUGGCUUUCUGUCCUCUGCCUGCUGUCUCCCUCUUUACCUGUCUCAGUAGUACAGGGUCGUAUCACUCGGAUGUUCUGAAAUCUUUCUUGCUGCACCUUCUAGCUUCACACACUAUUCCUCGAGCAAGGUCAAUACCAGUCAUUUCCUUUUAAGGAAACUGAGUCACAUAGAAGUGGAAUAACUUACCCAAGGUUACGCAGAAACAGGGCUAGACCUUUGGUCUUCUGACUUGCAGCUUCCAGGUGUCUUUAGUCACUACAUUUAAGUGAUGUCACUACACAGGCCAAGUGAUGGCAGGCUAAAUUUUAAUUCUAAAAAUAGAGUAGGCUAACAUUUUUAUUUCUUAAUUCCAAAAGAGGGCCUAAUAAAGAUCUGUUACGUUAAAUUUGCUGUUGCCUUAAGUAGUCUUUCAUUCUCUGAAAUGCCCACUGUUCACUGUUCUCCUUGCCUUCUCCUAGUGAUUCUAGUUAAAUCUUGUAGCUUACAAAGAAGUAGAAAAGAAAAAAUACCAAAAUAAGAAUACACAUUGUAAUUUGAUACCAAAAUGGUUUAGCCGCCUAACUCAGCCACGUGUCCCUUCCACAGGAGUCAGAUGAGCUAAAGCUGUAGGUUUUGUUUUCAUUUUGUUAUGUACAGAAAAGCUGUAACACUUCUACUCCUGUCCACUGUCUUUCCUGUGAGCUCGGAGUCCAGAGUCUGGGCCUGCUGGGCAGGGCAGCUCUCCCAGGGCUGUACCCUCUACCCCGCACGUUCGAGGUUGUGACUUCUCUUUGGCAGCAGCAGUGUUUAAAAGUGAUCUCCAGAGGGAAAGAUCUAUCAUGUGCUCAGGCCACCGUCUUGAACCAGACGCCCAAAGCUGUGCUCUUUAUUCUUAGGCCAUGACAUUUGUUUGCUUGUAAGUGUCUGUUUGCAAGGUUGUGAGAACCUUUUCCUGUUUACCAGGUUGCACCUUUGUAGGAAAGACACAGAGGCUUUUGAAUGGGGGAACAGUCAGAUUUGCCCGGGAAGGAGCUUUGUGCCUUUGGAAAAAGGAUGGGGUGGGUAGUGCGAAUCUUGGCUUGGGGUUCCAAGCAAAGGUCAGACAUUGCCCUGGUAACCUCCUGCCCACGCAGCCUCAGGCCCCUUAGAAAGAGCUGUUAACCUAGGGGGUGCUUUACGGGGAGCGGAUUUGGAGCUGGUUGAGCAGUGUGUCACAAGUUUCCAAGUCUAGUGUGGCUUCAGGGGCAGGCCUGAGUAACUUAAAGUCUGAAAAUCAUUAACGAGUUGGUGAAAAACAUGGAAAAGCCUCUUUUGCUGUUGUCAGUGGAGCAGAGGGAGGAAGCCCUGAGGCUCUCAGAGAAGGUAGAAAAGCAGAGGAUGAGAGGGGGUGGGGCGGGGGUGAAGAGAGUUGAAAAGGACGGGACCAAGUCCCUGCUUCCAAGAGUCCCUUUGCCUCUCUGGGUCUCUGUGUCCUCCCCUUAAAAAUAAGGGCUGGGAGACCUCUGGAGUUGGCAGACCGCUCGGUCACAUGGUGAAUCUGAGUGGUGGAAGUCCUUUCUCAUGUUCCCCCCCAUCGAUGUUGUUGCACAGUGAGCAGGGGACAAGCUUGUGCAGGCAUUCUGGUUGUGAGUAGUGCCACGAGUGCUCCCGCUCAGGCUGGUGCGUGCACCUUGCCACGAGGCACAGUGUGUCGGUCGUGUCUUUAAGAACCAAGUGAGCUGACUGUUCCAUCAGCACUGAGAGUGGCCCCAGGGGUCCCUGGCAGGCUGAGCCUGGAUGCAGUGCUGGCCGGCUCUGCAGCUGUGUUACAGAUGUUUAUGUAUGCACAUGGAUCCCUUUCCCCGCUCCAGUGUCUGCCUGGCAGGAGCGCGGCCCUGAAUAUUCUCAGCCAGACGUGGUUAGUGCUGCUCCUUUUAGAUCUUACAUGACACUCUUGUUUCAGGCUCUGUUACUGAAGUUGUUUAGGGUAAUGUUGCCCUACUUGGGGAAUCCACACCCUAAAUCCAGCUCUUCUAGGGAGGGGAGCAGAGCUGGCAGCUGCCAUCUGACAAGGUCCCUGGAGUCAGUCUUUCACACAACUGCCUUGUGUCCAUUUUGUCUCUUCGGUUUUGUACUCUGGGUAUGGUACCAGUCAGGCUGGCCCAUAGGAAAUGUGCGAACAUCCUUUCUGAUCACCUCCCAGCCCCUUCCUUUCAUUCUGUGAGAACGGCAGGGGGCCCCUCAGGACGGCCAGCCUGGAGACAUGGAGGGUGAGUGCUGUCCUCGUGGGCUGGGGCAGUGAGGUGCUGGCCAGGCCACCCAGGCCUCCUUGCAGGAACCCACCCAGGCGCACCCAGAGAAUUCCUUGGAGCCUGUGCUAAGCUCUCCAGACCUCUGCAAAGGCUCCUAGUGGGCUUUCUUCCUCCACUCCUUUGGGUGACAAGGAAGCCCGGAAGGAGGAGGUCUGAGUGACGGUUCCUCUGCCAACGGCCAAAGGCUGGACCUGCCAUCUCCCAUUCAAUGAUUAUAUUUUGAAUUUCAUCAACAAAAGAAUGGUGGAAAUUUGUUUUCUUUUAUGCUGACAUAAUAUUGGUUUGCCUUCUUGGCCCUCAAAGCUGAAAAUAUUUACUGUCUGACCCUUUACAGAAAAAGUUUGCCAGCCACUGAGCUAGGCCUCCACUACUGUCUAUCCCCACUGGAUUAUUUUACAGAAAAUCCCAGAAAGUAGGACUUUUUUAAACAAUAAAAAGUAUUUUAUCUUCAGCUUCAAGCAAGAGAAACAUUCAUCUGAGUAGCCUUUGAGUGUCCCCUGACUGGUGGUCUUCCUUCCCGACUGGCCAACGAGCCCUCUUGCCCUUGUGGGGUCCACCCCAGCCUCUUGGGGGGAAUGUCCGAGUCAUUUGCUCUCCCCCUCUUCCUACCUGCUGUCCCAUUCCCGGGGACCUGGUGGGCCUUGGGAUACCCGGCUCAGGGUGCUAGGGGCUGGUGUGAGAAGGCUGUGUGUGUGGGAAAGGUUUUGUGCUGGUAUUAACGGGUCGCUGAGCCAAGCUGGGUGGUGGCCUCCUGACUGAGGUCUCUGGAACUUUCCCGUCCCGGGAGGGUGCAGCCUGACCUUCACUUCCGGAUAACGCCUUGAGGACCAUAGACCUCUUGGCUUCUCUGGGUCCCCCCAAAUCCCUCCCUACAUGUCCUGCUAUUCUUCCUCCUACAAAGGGAACCACUUGUGGCAGCCUCAGUUUGGUGAUUGACAGGGGCUGCUGCUCGGCCCUCUGUCAGGGUUUCAUAGGCCCAGCUUUCCGGUUCUGCCCUUGGGAGAAGCUGGAGUGAGCCAAAAUGCCGGCCUUGCAGGGGGUGACGCCCGUAUGCUGCUGUCCAGCUCUCAGCUGUGGUGGUGCCCGCUCCCUCUGGUUUGGCCAGCCUUUCGGGCCUUGGCUUCUCCUCUCCAUAUGCAGAUGGCCCUGCACUGUGUCUGGCCCUCCGUUAGUACCAAACCAGCGGGAGCAGCGGAUGCUGACUGGUCUCUCCUGGCUCUGGCUUCGUGCUCAGUACUUCUGCCAUCGUCUCAUUUGAUCCUUCCAAUGGCGCUGUCUGGCCCCCUUAGCCUGGUUUUCCAGGGAGGGCAAUCAAGACAGAAAGUCGAUACGGGCCCAAGGUCCUACAGCUAUUGGUGAAUUGAGCCAGGACGAGAAGCCAGGCCCCUGGGUCCAGAUCCCACAUCCAGACCGCAUGUCUUGUUCCAGAUAGCCGGGGAGCUCCUUCCUACACAGUGCUAUCUUUCACGCGGACUUCAUCACCGGGCUCGGUACACCUGCUGGGGCAACGUGGGGUUUCCAUUGUGCUCCUCCCCCUGCCCUCCCCUGGCUGGGUAAAAACGUGGUUACUGUGUUCUCUAGUGUUCCUGUAUUUAAAGUGAUUUCUUUCUUAAAAUGUAACUUCCUUGCCUUUUUUUCAGAUUGGGUGACUUUUCUAAAGGUGGGGGGAGUCGGUCUUGGGGUGGUGUGGCCCUCAGAUGGGUCAGGCGGGAGUGGUGGUCACGGGGAGGUGGGCAUCAAGACAAGUUGUCACACUGCCACAUUGUUUUUGUACCUGAAAUAAAGCCUAUUUUGCACUUGUUACUGUGCCAUCGUGCAGAUGAGAAAUCUGUAUGUGCGAUCUGUGCUUGGGUCAGAAAUGCAAAUAAAACUCAUUUGUAAGAAACCCCUGUGGCUCAGACUUCCAUACUUCUUAUGUUUUUAAAUUGUGCUAAAAUACAUAUAAUAUGAAAUUUACCAUUUUAAUCAUUUCUCAGUGUACAGUUCAGUGGCUUCAAUCACAUCCACAUUGUUGAACAACCAUCCAUCUCCAGAACGUUUUCAUCUUCCCCAACUGAAACCCUGUUCCCAUUAAACACUGACUCCCCAUUUCCUUCCCC